UGGAUAAUUGACGCUCCUAAUGUUUGCGUUACGCUUGAAGGCGCACAGCUUCCACUGGCCCCGUUUAUUUCAUUGUCGUGCGUUACCGCGUGAAGGUCGUAAAGGUCCCGGCAGCUUUAUAAAACCACCUGCAAUGAGUGAGGCCGACCGUAGAUCGUGCCCAGCAGUACCUCAAGAACCUUCGCCAGUAAAAGAUCCUAAGCGUACUGAUCGCCAUGAAGGUAUCACUUGCUGCAAUUGUUGCUGUUAUGGGUGUUGUGGCACUCACCGAGGCAGGCGUCAUCGCGCCCUACACCGGCCUGCUUCCCCAUACCGUACACGAUACCGGUGCUUACUACGACGAUCACUAUGCAUCGCAUGCGUACGCAGCUCUCGCCUAUGCCGCACCGUAUGCCGCGUACUAUGGCAACCCAUCCGGUACGUACAGCUACUGGGGUUCGCAUGGACCGACGGUAGUGCAGGAAAAUGCCGCCAGUCUGCCAGUUCCGGUACAUGGAGCUCAUCCGUACGCGCCGUACGCAUCGCUCUACGGUGCCUACGGACCGGUGAAAACGACCGUCGUACAGGCCAACUUAGCCAGUAGUCUAGCGAAUCAUUGGGGAUAUCCGGAGGCUUACGGUGGGGCAUACGGGUAUGGAUAUGGAUACAACAAGUAUCUUGCAGGUGCACCAGUAACCAAAUAUUUGCUGUAA